AUUUUUUUAAUGAUUACACAUUAGGCAUGGAGAUACAAGCAAGCUAGACUCAGUUGGUGUAAUUCAUUGCUGUGUGCAUUGUGCUGAUAAGUGUCAGUAUAAACUUAAUGAGAUUCCAAGAUUUCUGAUAAUUCUCUAAACUAAGAUAUGUCUUUGCAGAAGUUGAAAGCCAUUUUUAAAUUAUGGUAAUUAUUUCCUAGUAUAUUGGAAGCCAUUGGAAAUAUGUAAUUUGGAAAUUAAUUCUACAGCAGUCUUGUGGUAUAAUUUUCCAAUACAAUGUUGACUUCUUAUGCUUACACAUUUGCUUGGCAGCUUCCUUGUCAAAUUAUUUUUUUAGCUUAUUUACUCCAUGUUAGAUUCAAAUGGUUGUUUUAUACUUAUAUUUUUCAUGAUUUUUAUUAUUUGUUUGUUUAUCUGCAUAGGUGUGGGUAUUUUAUUGACAUCUCUGUUUAGUUAAUAGUAUAUAUUCUAGGGAUGACUGAUAAAAGCCCAAGUCCCAAUACUGAAUGUCAUAGCUCCAGCAGUGGGAAUGAUUCUACUGCAGAUGAAUUCACUGGGGCAUAUUCUGUCUCAAAUAUGGAGAGCUUCAGCAGAGAACAUGAAGAGACGUUGCUGCAGCCCUUCAGAUAUAUUCUUCAAGUUCCUGGAAAGAUGAUCAGGAGUAAGUUGGCACUGGCAUUCAAUUUCUGGCUCAAAAUUCCUCAAGAGAAGCUAACGGCCAUCUCUGAAAUCAUCCUUCUUCUUCACAAUGCUAGUUUGUUAAUUGAUGACAUAGAAGAUGGAAGUACAUUGAGACGUGGCAUCCCUGUGGCCCACAGCAUCUAUGGCAUUGGCUCAACCAUCAACUCAGCAAACUAUGUUUAUUUUUUAGGACUUCAGAAGACUCUUGCUUUAGAACAUCCCCAGGCUGUGAAUGUUUUCUGUGAACAACUCCUAGAGCUUCAUCGAGGUCAAGGCUUGGACAUCCACUGGAGAGACUCGUUUGCAUGCCCCACUGAAGAGCAGUACAAACAGAUGACCAUUUGUAAGACUGGAGGCUUGUUUGGUCUUGCUAUACGCCUCAUGCAGCUGUUCAGCGACUGUGACGCAAGCUUCUCCAAACUAAUGGACAUUCUUGGGCUCUACUUCCAAAUCAGAGAUGACUAUGCUAAUCUCUGCACGCAAGAGUACUGUGACAGCAAAGGUUACUGCGACGACUUGACAGAAGGCAAGUUUAGCUUUCCCAUAAUUCACGCCAUCCACAGCCGCCCCAAGUGCCAACAAAUAAUCAACAUCAUCCGGCAGCGGCCUAAGGACGUGGAGGUGAAGAAGUACUGCGUAUCACUGCUACAGAAGUACGGGUCACUGGCCUACACGCGCGACAUGUUGCAGCAGCUCGACUCCCAGGCUAGGGAGGAGGUCAAAAAACUUGGCGAUAAUCCAAUGCUCGUGGAAAUUUUAGACACUUUACAAUCUUCAUUGAAUUCAUCACCCUUGUAAAGCCUUCAAAUUUUAGACACUUUACAAUCUUCAUUGAAUUCAUCACCGUUGUAAAGCCUUCAGCACAAUUUUAGAGCAAGCUUCAUAGGGCUAAUGUUUUAGUUGUUUUAUCAUGUGUUUAUGUAACUUGAUUUUCAUCUUCUAUUUAAUUCUUUUAAUUUGUCAAUGGUGAUUUUAUGUUCGGCUAUUCAAGGAACUUAACAAUUUUAAUGGUUACAAUGCAAUUUCUUGACAGCUGAUGAGCUUCAACAAAACGUCUGGAAUUGUUAUUGUUUCAGGAUUGGUCUCCGACUCAUAAGAAAAUUUUUUGUGUUGUUAUUGUGGUCCAACAAUUUGCAUGUUGAAGUAUUAUUAAGACUAUUACAAAAACACAGAAAGUUUAAGAAGCCAAGUCAAGUUUAAGAAGUCAUUAUGUUAUUUAAAUAUGUAUAACCUCGUACCUGCCUGUAAUGUGCACUUGAUACUUAUUCUGUAUAGUUUGCCAAUUGCUAUGCAAUUAUUUAUUCCAUCUAAUGAAGUGGAGACCCAGAUAACAGUGUUGAAUAUCUA